AUUAUGAAGAUAUUUAGAAAUAUCACAAAAGCUAAUUUGAUCUGCAAAUGUUUUCUGUUUUGGUUUUUUACAGAUGGGAUAGGCUAUGUAGAAGAUGGACGGGAAAUCUUUGAUGAAGAUCUAGACGAUGAUGCUCUUGAUUCCAGUAAGAAAGGAAAAAGUGGCAAGGCGUCUACAAUUGAUAAAAAGAAUGUGAAAAAAUCCAUGGUAUCAAAGCCAAACACAAUUAAAUCUAUGUUUAUGGCCAGUGCUGGGAAGAAAAACACAGAUAAAACUGUGGACCUGUCAAAGGAUGAUUUACUAGGGGAUAUUCUUCAAGAUCUAAAUGCUGAA